ACAGGAGUGUCAACACAAAAGAGUUGAUUUUAUGACAAAGAGACGAGAGACGAGGAAAGGAAGAAUCUGGCCCAGCAGGAUACAACAUUCUUUGAAUGAGUCUGCAAAAGCCAGCCUGCCCUAUCAUUUGGUUUUCCACUCACAUCUCUGAUUUGAAGGCACCAUGGACAUCACAGUGGAUAUUAUCUCCGAUCCAGAUCUGUGGCUCAACACAACAACCGCAAACAGCACCUCCAGUUACACGCCUACCAUGUCACCAGUAAUGGACAAAACCAUCAACAUAAUUAUGAUAAUUGUCUUAUUCGUGACCAUGGUUUCACUGGGAUGCACCAUGGAGGUGUCCAAGAUCAAGCAUCAUAUGAGGAAACCUAAGGGGGUGGCUAUCGCAGUCGUGGCCCAGUAUGGCAUAAUGCCUCUCACAGCUUUUUGCUUAGCUAAGCUGUUUAAGUUGGCUGAAAUAGCAGCUGUGGUGAUUUUGAUCUGUGGCUGCUGUCCCGGAGGAGCUCUCUCCAACAUCCUGGCUCUGGCUCUGCAGGGCGACAUGAACCUCAGCAUCGUGAUGACCUCUUGCUCGACGUUGCUGGCUCUCGGUAUGAUGCCUCUCCUGCUCUACCUCUACUGUCAGGGUUUCUCCGACCUGCAGAACGCUGUCCCUUAUGUUGAAAUUAUCAUAUCACUGGUCAUGAUCCUUGUGCCGUGCGGCAUCGGCAUCAUCAUCAAUACCUACAGGCCGCAGUACUCGAAGAUCAUCACAAAGGUAGGCCUAAUUAUAAUGAUGAUUUUUAUCGUGGUGAUCGUCACCUUAACCAACAUUGGAAUCGGAAGAGUCAUGCUGACUGUGCUGUCUCCUCCGCUCUUGGCCAUCGCUGCUCUCAUGCCUUUGAUAGGCUACUCCUUUGGAUAUGUCCUCUCUGCGAUCUUCAGACUCAGCCAGUCGGAGCGGAGGACCGUUUCUGUGGAAACAGGCUGUCAGAACAUCCAGCUGUGCAUCACCAUAUUGAAGAUAGCUUUCCCCCAGGAAGUGGUAGGCCCUCUGUUUCUGUUCCCAAUGAUCUACGGGUCUUUUCAGGUGACGGAGGCGUUGGUGCUCGUCGUGCUGUUUAGGUGCUACCAAAGGUUCACGAAAAAGGAGAAAGAGACUUACCAGCCUGCGGUCACUGAAGAGGAGCUGAAAGAGACGACUGAAGGGACUGUGUGACCUCAAUCACCACCCAUGUAUUGUUCCAUUAAUGUGAACUUUUACACCACAGAGGCUCCAGACGAAGUAAACAAAACUCCUACAGCUGACUAAACAAACAGAAAAAUGCGCAGCCGUAUAGCUGGUCUUGGUUCUUAUACUGUAUUGUGAUCUGAAACCUCUAAGUGCAUUAGAAACUUCAGUUUUUUAUUGGUUAAGUCUAUUGUCUUUCUACACCAUGCAAACAUCAUCAUAGUUUUGACUGAAAAUAAAAUCCUCAUGUACAAAAAUGUAUUUUUCCAAACUCAUUUAAAAACUACAUUUAAAAGUCUGCAAUCUACACACAAAUCCCAAAUAAAAGCGCAGCCACGCAAUGUAAUGCAAGGAGGAACAGCAUCUUUUAGUCAGUCGUAAAUAUGACCAUAAAAAGCAUGAACAUAUGUGAUUGCAACAUUAUAAUUGCAAACAUGUGCUGCUACUAGUCCAUUCAGAGCUUUUAUUGUCACCAAGAGGGCCGUCUUCGUAAGCUGGAAAACAAAAAACAACUUGGACUUCUUACAGUGGAAGAAUCUCUUUUUUUAGAUCCUUGGAAAAAGCUCAACAAGUUCAACAAGAAAUAAUCAGUUAUCAUCAGUAAACUAACACGUUUUUCCAUUGCACAAUGUGAUUGCAAUUUGAUGAUUGAUGAUUUUGCAGAGUGGUUUGUGAUGAAUAAUCUGCUGAAUGUAAAUAAGACCAGAGAGAUUGUGAUCAACUUCAGAAGGAAGAGGACAGCUACAGAGCCCAUCACUGUCCUGGGACAGGACGAUGCUGUGGUGUGACACAGGUAUCAUAGAGUACGUGUAUACUAAUGGGGUGAGCAAGGAAACUAAUUUCUUAAUUUAGAGGAGCUUAUUGGGUAAUAGUUGAGUAAAGGUCUCACUGAUGUUAAACAAGAGAGACCUGAGAGCUGCACCAUGAAGCAGGUUCAGGUUAAAAUCCCCAGUUAUCAGCUUGUUAUUACUUGUUAUCACUGGCUUCAUGCUUCACAUAAAACAGGGUGGCCUGUCGUUGGACUGUCAUGUCUGCAACUUAAAAGAGACGUGACAGGUGAUAGAAGAAUAUGAGAGACAUCAAGACAGCAAAACUGAAUGCAGGACUGCUUUUUCUGGGCUGCUGGUGGGGAGGUGAUUCAAGGUGAAAUCAUUUUCUACAUUGAAUAUUCACUAUAAUACCUCAAGUGUCUGAGUUUUAUUAACUGUAAUACCAGCAACGUACAAAAUAUUUGUCAGAAAUCUUUGGCAAAUUAAAAAAAAAAAAUAAUGUGGAGGACAAGAGAAAACUGCAGCGGGUGGUGAGGGCGGCAGAGUGGGCAACUGCCACUUCACUAACCCCCCCCCUCAGAGAUGUUUAUACUGGCAGACUUCAGCGGAAAGCCAGUAUCAU